UGUGUUACUUGACCCUUGACGGCCUUGAUGAAGAUUUGACUUUUUUUCUGUUAAAAUGCACACGAUAUAUUGGGUUAAUUCUUCCAUAAUAACACAUUUAUUUUGUUGACAAACAUGGAAGUUAUAAUACGUAAAGCAAAGCGUGAUGAUUGCGUUUCAAUUAGAAAUUUGAUACAGGAAUUAGCUAAUUUUGAGAAAAUGCCUGAUGGACCAAAAAUUGAUCACACGACACUAGAAAAAGAUGGAUUUGACACAGAACAUCCGUUGUACGUAUGUUAUGUGGCGGAAGUAAAUGGCAAUAUAGUCGGAUAUACAAUUUCAUAUUACACAUAUUCAACAUGGUGUGGGAAAGCCAUGUAUUUGGAAGAUAUUUACGUAACUUUUGAUUACCGAGGGAAGCAUAUUGGCAGUAAACUUUUGAAAGCCGUUGCUAAGGAAGCAACGGACAACAAGUGUUGCAGAUUAGAUUUCUCGGUUCUUAAAUGGAAUCCUGCUCAACAUUUUUAUAAAAACAAAGGGGCGAUUGAUUUAACGAUAGAAGAAGGAUGGCAUCACUAUCGUUUAUCGGAUACAGCUUUAAAAACCUUACUUCCGUACCUUUUUUCCUCCGUACCAUCUUUAUUCGAACCGAAUGCAAUCAACACAAUUCUUCCUAAAAAAGAAAAAUCAUCUAAGAAUUAUGUCGAAGACGUUUAUGAAGUUGAUUCCGAUAUAUUAUCCCAUAGUAAUCUCAGUUGGGGAUCCUUGGAAGAUAGAUACGUACCGUUUGAAAUUUUAUCCGAUGAUACUGCUUCAACUGCUUCAACUGCUUCAACUGCUUCUUCAACUGCUUCUUCCACCACCAGCUCUAGUUCUUCGGCCAAGCUUGAUUAUAUGCCAAUACCAAUAAAUGUAGACGCGAUACACUGUGCGAACGAAAGCGAUUGGGCUAGUUAUGCUUUGGAUGCUGAUUCAUGGGACGACGAUAAAGCACAUAUUGUAAAAUUGAGGCACCUUAAAGAAUUAUUGCUUGACGAUUUAGAAUUUUGUGGCUUCUUAACGGACAGGUUAAUAGGAAUUGGAUCAUCGUUUUUAGUCAAAUCACCCGAAAACGGUCUAUACGUUUUGAAUAAAUGUAUCAUGAGAAAUAUGUCGCUUACGAACAUUACGAUGUUGUAUUGUCACCGUUAUUUACGGUACAUCGAUCUAGCAUACAAUUAUAUUUCUAAUUUGUCUCCUUUGGGGGGAGUUCCCUAUUUAAUGCAUCUAAAUCUAACGCAUAAUAGAAUCAAAACUAUUUUAAAUUUCACGCCUCCUUGGUAUUUGACUUAUGUGAAUUUAUCAUAUAAUUACAUAUCAGAAAUGCGCGAUAUCAGCAACUUUUGGAGCAUCGUACACCUGGACUUAUCGCAUAAUGCAAUCGAAGUAAUUUCUGGUCUGCAAAAUUUAAAGUAUUUAAAGUAUUUAAAUUUGUCGUAUAAUUUAAUCGAGUGUAUCGAGAAUUUAGAUAAAUUGAAUAUUCAAGAACUUAACUUGGAAGGUAAUUGUAUCACAUCGUUUAAAUCUGCUGUGCCUGGUAACAACAUAAACACGAUACCCCAUUUGCGAGCGAUAUAUUUAGGAUACAACAAGAUAUCUAAUUUGGAAUUCUUCAAAGAUGGAUACAAUUUGCGCGUAAUAGAUUUGAAAUUCAAUAGGAUUGCCGAUUUAUUAGAAUUAUCAAAUUUUAAAGGUUUCAUAGAUGAAAUAGACCUUAGGGGCAACGGCUGUACAAUGUGGCCUAAUUAUAAAGGUGUGCUUUUAUUUUCUGUACCGAGCAUACAGAUAAUCGAUGGCGAUGUUGUAACAAUCUCGGAAAAAAUUGCUGCUGCGACCCUGUUUGCUCCACCAGUGAAUUUAAUAGCUGCCCGUACAGUCACAAAAUUAACUUUGUUGGAACAAUUAAGCAUGCCCAAAAUUGAUUUACACGUGAAACCGUACGACGAAGCAAGCCCGCCUUUGAUAAUACUAACAGGUCCAUCCGCAGUGAAGAAAACAUCCUUAGCUAUUCACAUUGCUCAAACGCUGCCAAACAAAAUAAAACACUGUCAGUGGUAUACUACAAAAGAGCCAGAGGACAGUGAGACUUUACAUCGGUCCUAUAUAUUUACAAACAGAGAAGACUUCAACGAUAUGUCUCGUCGUGGUGAAUUUUUAGCGAUCCAGGAACAAUUAGGGAAUAGUUAUGGGUUUCAUCAUAAUCAAAUUGUUUCGUUGAUAUUGGAGAAUAAAAUUGGUAUCACGCAAAUGGAUUUACACGCGACCUUACAAAUGAGUAAGCGAUAUUUUAAUAUUAAACCAAUUCUCGUAUUGACGAAAACCGAACAAGUACAUCGUAAUUGGAUACAAGAGAAGUUUGACGUUUAUAUAUGCGAUAAGAAUAGCACAGAAGAUUCACUGGCUGAAAAUGAAACCAAAAAUACGGAAGAAAAUACUACGGAAUCUACGAACACUGCAAACAAUCUUACUGUAGAUGGGCUUCCAAUAUCUUCGAACAAUAUAUCUAUGAAAGAACCGGACAACGAUGUAACAACAUCCGAUAUGCUAAAAAAUAAUUCAAUCACACAUAAUGAGAUAACAACGAACGAAACAGAAACGGGGGAAAAAAAAUAUAUAAAAUUUCACGAGAUAGAAACUUCGAAUAGAGAACUUUUCAAUUCAAAUUUUGAAAUUAAAUUUGAUAACCAGACAGAAUUAAGAGUAAUUUUAGACGAAAGUUCGAAUCUCAUAGUCGAGGAUGAAGAACUAAAACGUAGAAGACGUCAGGAAAGAAUGAUACAUCGUCGAAGUACAUUACUAUCUGAUGCAGAAUACUUUGCCACGGAAGAUCAUAGCGAAUCGAUAACUAGCGAAGAGACGGACGUAGAUCAAUUUUCGGAAACAAAAAAACCAGAACACUUGAAAGAAUUGUACACCGAGCUUGUGAUAAAAACGAGGGAAAUGUAUUUGAAUCAUCAUGCGACCAAGCCAGGAUUUUUCUAUUUGGUGCUGCUAACCGAUGACUAUCCUAAAGCAUUUAAUGCAUUGAUUAAUUUUAUUUAUAAAGUGCAUACAAACCACUCGACCGAAAAGCCCAAGUCUUUUACUGAAAUCGAGCAUUUGUCGCAAGUUACUGUUCCCGCAAUGAUUAACACCGUUGUUGAUGAAAUAAGACAGUCAUUAUCGACACCAAUAAUGCAACGGAAAACUUUAUUGAGAGCCUAUGGUGUUACUUCGUGGAAAGAUUUAAUGCCUAGUCAGAUGAUAUAA